AUGGUUGAACUACUUGUCAACCCCACUGAAGGCGACCAGUAUGUUAUUGCUCCGUUUAUUUACACGACGUACUUUGCUGUUGUUGUUCUCUUUUUUAUUUUUAAAUUUCGCACUCAAAAGGUCAACAUGCAUUAUGUAAUUGUGAUUCUGGCUUUUUUCAUUCAGUCGUUUUCCGUGUCGGUGAGUUCUAUCAUGCAAAUGUACCAAAAAACGAUGUGUAUACCAUACCUCUUUUCUCGAUUGGUGUAUAUUUGUGACUUCUUUUUGAUCAGUUUCACCCUCUUUUAUUGGGCGCAUGACUUCACUAAUCGCGAGGCUCGAGUCGUUAACAUUUUGUAUUUAGGAAUAGCUCUUGCUAUUCUCAAUAGUGUUUUUAUUGUGUGUGUUUUAGUGGCGUUUUUCAUGUUUGCUGCUCUUGGAAACAAUUGUCAGAGCAACAACGGAUACGUCGAAAUGUUGAACACUUGGAUUUCUGUUGGGUCAAACAUGGUUCUUGUCAUCUUCGAGUGUGUCUUUGGAAUUAUUAUAUUUUGGAGAUACAAAUACCAGGUCUCACACUUCACAUCUUCAGACUCCAAAAAAUCAUUUUACAUCUAUUUCUUCGCAACUGCGUUUCUUAUCGGUGAGAACUUACUUCGAUUUGUUGCUCAUCUCUACUACCCCAUCACGGGAAAAUACUUGAACGAUGUCUUUUACCAAUCUUUGAUCCAUUGGAUUCCUGAUGGUGUCGAGUGCUUCACCUUAUUGCUAUUGUGGUCCCUAGAUCGUAUGUCUUCACAGUUCAAUCAGUCCUUUGAAAACACAAUGUUUAAGAAUGCUGAAAUGAUACAGGAAAAUAUUCUACAGCGUGUGGUGGGGGAGUUUUACCUUGAUGGACAUCGCUCCUAUCAACGAAGCAGGUAUUCUACGACUAGCAGGCAUUCAGUGACCCAAGGAAUUUUACUGAAGUUGGAAUGA